GUGCGGAACAAACAAAGCAGAAGCAGUCGCACGAAAGUGACGGAGAGGAGAUGAUGGUUUUGUUUUUCUUAAAAAAAUGUGUAGCACCCCUUGCUGGUGUGGAGGGGAGUGGUUUAGCGGGGGCCCUAGCUAACGUUACUAGGAUGCUGUUUACACAAAUAACCACGGUGAUAAAUGGUGUUUAAAUAACAUUAGGAAGGACUGCAAAACUGCAGCAGUACUACUUGGUCAUUACUAAUAAUACUACUAAUACUACUAAGCAAAAUCAGCUAGUACAACCACUAGCUAGCAACUAACUCACUGCAACUGCAAGGAUGCUCACAUAAAUGCUAGCUAUACCUGCUGGGAGAGGAACAGGACAGCAGGAGACUGAAGUUUGAUCUUGAAUUUUUGAAAAUGGGCAGGAAGCAUGAAGGAGAAGAAGGAGGAGGACCUAGUCCGGACUAGGACUUGUGACUUGCAUUCAUUGCUAUGCGACACCACAGACUCAAAGGCUGCGCGGCUAAAAGAGAGUGAAUGUGAGGCUUGUUUGUUGUGCGCAGCAGGGUCAGACAUAAUCAACUGAGGGUUACUUGUAUGCUUGUGUGCAUGUGUUUGUGUGCCUGUGAAGGUGCAGCACUUUGACAGCGGGAUAAACCCAGUAAAACACAGCGGUGUGUCUCCCCCCCACAGGACUUAAAACAUCACAAGUCUACCGAUCAUAUGAUGGUGCUUUAAAGAGCCUGGAGGGGGGUCACCACACAGUGUGCUGAUAACAUGAUAAACACAGGACGUAGGCAGUUAAACGGCCGACCAGAAACAGCCCUUCAACUCCACCUUCUGUCUCAUUCCUAAUCCACACCAUACUCUCUCUCUACCUCUUUCUCCUUCUAUCGCUCUCGCUGACUUGCUUGACUGAUUUUCUGUGUCACUCUGUGGUCAGGAAGUACAAACAUGCCAAGAGUCACACCUGCUGCACCACGCAGAGAGUUAGAAAACAUUUGACAAAGGCUCAAAAAGAGACACUUUCUCCAGAUUGGAUUAUUUGGGCAAACAAGUGAUCUGUGAAUGGCGACAUUGGAGUUUGUUACAUUCUUCAGGGUUUAUGGGAUCUUACAAAAUGAUCAACCUUGAUACGGCAGAGGAAGACAUUUUAUAGCGAGACAUCCUUUACAGCUACAGCGUCUUUCACCCAAACCACAAACGACCCAGCAACGGAACUGACUGAGAUACGAGCUAAUGGAGGAGGAAAACGUGUGCUCCUCUCUGCCAGAUGUUCCAGAUUCAGUCUUUCAGGAGCCUCGACAAGACUCGUGGACCUCCAUCGACCACCGGCACGUGAAUGGAGAGCAGGAGAGCGCUGAGGCAGAGAUAAACCAGACACACGGGAAAGAUCAACUCAAUCUCUCCCCGACGGCAGGUGGAGAGGCUUCUGAGGAGGCAGAGGAGUGGGAGCAGAUACAAUGGUCGAUGCAACCCAUGCCCUGCAGCAGUCCUCCACUUUCUUUCUGCACAGUGCAGUGGGACAUGCCAGAUCUUUCCGCAGAGGGACCUUCACUCAUGACUGACAGCAGCUCGGCCAAUGAGCCGGACUCUGGUGCCGUGACGAGUGGAGACACCACUUCCCCAGCCCUUCACCCAUCUGAAGGCGUGAACGCUGAGCUCCUCACACAGGGCGACAGAAGGGAAGGAGAUGGUUUUAAUGCACGGCUUCUGAACUCAAAUCUAGAGUGGACAGGAAACAUCUCAGAGCCAUGUGAUGCUGCAGAUGUGCUGCCGACUCAGGAAAGGGAAGGUUCACCACAUGAGCUGUCAGACAGUAAUAACGGAAUCUUACCGAGGACAGACUCAGAAGAAGAGGAGGCACUCUCGGCAGAGUCAGAUCCUGUUAACUCUGUGGACUUACUCGACAUUCUUAGAGAAAUCGAUGGCUCCGAAGAUGAAUCGGACAGUUUCGUACAUUUAAAACUAGAAGAGCAGGAGGAGCCCGCCGUUUGGCUGACUCCGCAGGGAGACUCUGAGGAAGAGCAUCCUUCAUCCAAUGCUGUGGAGAACGAGGAAGAAGGCGAGGGGGAAGAUAAGGAGCAGAUAGACGUGUUGUGUUCCGAGGAAAGUGAAGAAGCAAAAGCUGUCAGCUGUCUGCAUGAUGUGGAGCUUCUUGCAGAGCCACUAGAAGCUGCUGACUCUGGACCAACCGUACACCCAGAUAAGAUAAUUGAUCUCUUGGAAGAAAGGCGGCACUCUGGGACUGAUGAGGACAUAGAGAUAGAGGAACGGUUACAUGAAGAUCCCACAGCGAGCCAGCCUGAAGAGCCAGAAAUGUGCGAAGGUGUAAAUCAGGACUCUGAACAGUCACAGGCUGAGGACAACAACGAAGGAGAGUCAAAACUUGCUAAAAAUCAUACAGAGAGCGUAGAAAAAUCACCGGAGAUAGUGGAGAAACUGGAGGAGACGAGUUGUUUAGAUCAACGUGAUUGUGACCAAGCCAGAUUACCAGAUUUAGUGCUGUUCUCUCAGCCGGAAGACGCUGAGUCCGAGCAGCUGGGGGUGAAUGAAGAGUCAGAGCAGAUUCAAGCAGAGGUGUCUCAAGACUCUGACCAGUUAGGACAGUCACAACAUCUGGAACCAGAGAUGACAGGAGAGUUAACUCAACCAGAGGACUCCACUCAGUCAGAGCAGACAGUUUGCGUUGAAGCUGAAGACCCCGGGGAGACGGAGCGGCGAGAACAGACGGAGCCAUCGGUGCAGAAUGAGCAGACGCCGCAAACGAGCGACUUGUCUCGGCCGGCGCUCUCCCAGCAGGCUGUGCGGCCAGAGACAGAUGAGUCAGAAACAACAGAGCAGCUGUCUCCAGACACCCAGGUCGAGUUCAAUCAGGUGGACAAACAGGCGGAGACGUCACAUCAGGGUGACCAAGACGGAGGUGCUAAGGAUGGAGCGGGGCAAACAGUCGUAGCAAAUGGAGAGCAGCCACCUCCUGUGACUGCAGCGCCUCAAAUGAACAUAGACGAGGUGAACAGAGAGAUGGCCCGCCGCCUCGCUCUGCGGCUCUUCAAGUUGGAGGAUGUCCAACGUGCAGAUGUGGUGAAGCACUUAGACAAAGACAAUGACUUCAGUCGUGCUGUCGGGGAGGAAUACCUGAAACUCUUUGACUUCACCGGGGAAACUCUCGAUCAUGCCCUGAGAUCUUUUCUGAAAGUGGUGGUGCUGAUCGGAGAGACGCAGGAGAGAGAGCGUGUGCUGCAGCAUUUCGCCUGCCGCUUCCACCAGUGCAACCCCGACACCUUCACCUCCUCAGAGUCUGUGUUGGCUCUCACGUGCGCUUUAAUGCUUCUCAACACUGACUUGCACGGGCAGAAUGUAGGAAAAUGCAUGUCCUCGUCUAAAUUUGUGUCUAACCUGGAUGGGAUGAACGAAGAAGAAAACUUCAGCAAGGAUCUCUUAAAGAGUCUUUAUAAUUCAAUAAAGAGUGAGCCGCUGGAGUGGGCUAUUGACGAAGAGGAGUUGAAGAGCUCUGUGCUGACGGACGAUGACACCAGAGUAGAUGCGCCGCUGCGUUCAGAAGCUAACCCCUUCCAGGACGUUCCUCACGACAAAACGGCCUCUGUGGUCAAACAGGGGUUCCUCCUGAGGAAGCUGCAUGCCGACAUCGACGGCAAACGCACUCCGUGGGGGAAGAGAGGCUGGAAGACUUUCUACGGGGUGCUGAGGGGAAUGGUCCUCUACCUGCAGAAGGAUGAUUACAGGAAGGAGCAGCCGACUAGCGAGGAGGUGGUGGUGAGCGUGCACCACUCUCUGGCCGAGCAGGCGGCCGACUACAACAAGAAGCCUCACGUGUUCCGGCUGCAGACGGCCGACUGGAGGGUGUUCCUCUUCCAGGCCCCAUCCAAACUGGAGAUGUAUUCGUGGAUCGGCCGCAUAAACCUGGUCUCGGCGCUCCACUCCUCGCCUCCGUUCCCCGCCGCUGUCGGCUCUCAGAGGAAGUUCUUCAGACCGGUCCUCCCCUGCUCACAGUCCGCUCUCACCCUGGAGCGUCAGCUGAUGUCUUAUGCAGGAAUGCUGGUGUCCUUUAAGGAUGACUUGUCGUACCUGCAUGAGAACCUGCCAGAGGGCAGAAAGGCCAAAGCCAGGGAGCUGGAGGAGCAUCGUGUCAGGGCGGAGUACCUGCAGCAUGAGAUGUGCCGCUAUGAGAUCUACAUCCAGUGCCUGGAGGCAUGGAAGGCAGCGAAUAAGACCGGCACCAGUGUGUUGAACAUCACAGACCUGAAGCAGUUUGAUAAAGCUAUGUUUGCAGACUCUGUGGGGGACGAGGAGGAGGAGGAAGAGGAGGAGGAGGAGGAGGAAGGCAGGCUGAUAAAGUCCCACUCCAGCCCCUCUCUGGACCUGGAGAUGGCCCCCCCGACGGUGAUCAAAGUCAGACGUAACAUCUCAGAAAGACGGACUUACCGCAGGACCAUUGUUCCUCGAUGGAAUAAAGAGAACUAAAAGGUAUUUUUAUGACCGAUAAAAAGAAAAGCGGAUUUUAGAAACAUGCUGGUGGGACUGUUAUUUUGUGGAUAUCUGACUCAGGAGGUUUUUUUUCUGCACUUUUACAAAAAGAAAUCUCAGGGAAUCCAAAACCCUCAAUCUCUCUCAGGAUACAAAGCGGGAACCUGACUCAUUGGCUGAGCGACUCAAAAUGUCUGGACAUAAUUUAUUUAGCUUUUUGUCUUAACUCUGUUUUUUUAUGGUACUCAAAAUGGUACAACUUUGCUUUCAUUUGUUAUUGUUUUUUACCUAGGGCAAUAUUCUGCCUUUUAACACGUCAACCACUAGAGGUUGCUGUAGUACAACAGAACUGUGAGUGAGUGACUGGGACAGGAUGAUUUCAAAACAGAAUCCAUUGCACUUUUAUGGUUUUAAUAUGUGUAUAAUAUGUGGAUGUCUCUGUUACAUAUUGUUUUUAAAUGAAGGGUUUAUUUCCAAAAUGUGAUGUAUUUUUUUUUAGGUCAAAAAUAAAAUGUUACUUUUUGCAUUUUUCAAUAUGGGUAAAACUAUUUACUGAUGUUAAUACUGAUCUGAGAUUCCUGUAGGUAAGUUUGAAUUGAAAUACAACAAAUACAAUGAUUGGCUCAACAGUUACAGGUAUUUGGCAGCUGUUGUGUUGGAUACAAACAAACUUACUAAGGAGCUGCAGCAGUUGUGCAAGUUAAUAAACUUAAAAACAAAGAAAAAGGAAGAUUUAGGAUUUUUCAGAUUUUGUUGCACUUUUUAGAAAAAUGUAGAAUGCUUUAUUAUUAUUAUCAUUAUUAUUAUUAUGAUUACUACUAUUAAAAAUAAUCUUAUUAUUUUAACACAGUAAAAA